UGAAUUCAUCAACUAAAUUGGUUACCCUUCCAUUGAUUCUGCUGGAAAUCAUGGUUUCUCAUCGUAUCCAUAGAAUAGCUCCAGACCGUGAUGAUACCUCAUUCUUCAGUCCCUCUCCAGCACCUGCUGAUGGAUUAAAUUCCACCCUGUCAUUAAAGUUGAAUGAACAAAAUGAACAUUUGAUUUCAAACCUCUCGUCCUCAACCUUGUCUUCACAAAAACCUUCAUAUACUCCUCCUUGGACUGAACCUUAUAUCAUUGGUGUGGCGGGGAAUUCCGGUUCGGGGAAAACUUCGGUGUCACAAAAAAUCAUUCUGGAAUUGAAUCAACCAUGGACUGUUUUACUUUCAUUUGAUAAUUUUUAUAAUCCUUUAAGUCCAGAACAAAGAAUUCAAGCAUACAAUAGUGAAUAUGAUUUCGAUACCCCUGAAUCCUUGGAUUUGGAUCUCCUUGUUGACUGUGUAAAAUCAUUGAAAAAUGGGAAUAGAACAGAAGUUCCUGUUUAUUCCUUUGUUGAACAUAACAGAACCUCGAAAACCACCACCAUUUACGGUGCCAAUGUUAUUAUCAUUGAAGGUAUAUAUGCUCUUUAUGACAAGAGACUCUUGGAUAUGAUGGACGCAACCAUUUAUGUUGAUACUGAUUUGGAUAUUUGUCUUGCUCGUCGUCUAAACCGUGAUAUCAUUGAAAGAAAAAGAGAAUUACAUGGAGUCAUCAAACAAUGGGAAACGUUUGUCAAACCAAAUAUGGUCCGUUAUGUCAACAAAACUAUGAAUAACGCCGACUUGGUGAUCCCUAGAGGCUUGGAUAAUACAGUGGCCAUCAAUCUUAUGAUCAAACAUAUUCAAAACCAAUUGGCUACAAAAUCUGCUGAACAUUUAAAACAUCUCAGAGAAUUAGGGAAAUUGGACCUUGAUGUGGGGAAUUCAACUGAUAUCAAAAUCUUACCUAACACUAACCAUUUAAGAGGGGUGCAUUCUCUUUUGUUAUGUAAAGAUACUCCUCGUACUGAUUUUAUUUUCUAUUUCGAUAUUAUUUCAAAUCAUAUCAUGGAAACAGCAUUAGAAUUCUUAUCACAAUAUGAUUCUAUUGAGGUUCCUACCACUGGCACCAACAAAUUCCAAGGCUUGAGACAAGUUGAAGAAGUUGUUGCUGUGAAUAUCAUUCGUUCAGGUGAUUGUUUCAUGAGUUCAAUUAAAAAAUCUGUACCAGAAAUCGCCAUUGGUAAAUUAUUAAUUCAAUCUGAUUCAAACACUGGAGAACCACAAUUGCAUACGGAAUCACUUCCGCCAUCCAUCACUGACCCAUCCAAGGUUGUUUUCUUGUUCGAUGCUCAAAUCAUUUCUGGAGCUGCUUCCAUUAUGGCAAUUCAAGUUCUUGUGGAUUAUGGGGUUAAGAUUGAAAACAUUGUCUUGUGUAGUUAUUUAUCUACCGAAAUUGGACUUCGUAGAAUCGUUCAUGCAUUCCCAGGAGUUAAACUUGUUUUAGGGAAAUUAAGUAAUAUGGAUGAAGGAAAAUCCCAUCAGUACAACGUUGAAGGAUUCCGUGAUACUGAUUGGAUAUUUUCCAACAGAUUUAUCGAUUCAUUAUAUUUUGGUACUGAUUAAUUAAUAUUUAAACUAAUAAACUA